AGCUCUGGUGCAGCCAGAGAGGAGAGGACCAUCUGAAUAAUUUUCAGUCAGCGAAGGCACAUUCGUCUGUUUGCGUGUGUGUGUGAGUGAGAGAGAGAGAGAGAGAGAGAGAGAGAGAGAGAGAGAGAGAGGGAGAUGGAGAUGGAGAGGGAGGGGAUUCGGGGAUCGGAGUUCCUGCGCUGCAUCUCUUCUAGGUUCACCAAUGCGCGUUGUGGUAGAGUUAUUCUAUUCACCUGUGCACGAUCAGGAAUACGUUUGUAUUACAAACUUUUCAUAUAUUUUUUGUCAUCAUCACCUCUAGUGGUAGCCAACACGGAAAGAGCUCAACUUUUAUAACUUACGACCUGCCAAUACGAGGUGCCAAUUACUCCACCCCUGUGGUGAAGAAGCAAGCUUCCCCGUCGCCAUUGACCCUCAAUCUACCCCCAAUGUCAACCCUCUAUCUCCAAAGUGGAGGGAAUUACCACAGCUUUUGUCUACAAUCAAGACCAAUGAACAGCAGCACCACUCCAAUACCCAGAGCUUGACUUUUUCCCUUUUCUUCAAUCCAAGUACUCUCUUCUUCAGGGUUGUAUCCACGGUCUUCUUCUUUUUCUUUUUGGCAAAACAUUGGUUCAGGAGGACAGUGGGGAUCAGGCCCUGAGGGUUUUGACAUUUCUCCGCUGUGUGAUUUUUCUCUCUCCUGGUCUUGUUGCUUGUUGGAGGGGGCCUAAAUGAGGUGGUGUGGCUCAGGAAGUGUGUGGAGAGCAGGUGCUCUCCUGGCACUGCUGCUUCCCCUCUGGGAGCUGGGCUGCUGGGGGUUGAUCGCCGCCUCUGGGGCCUCUGGGACACAGAACCAGGCCCAGCACACUGCUGGAGGCCCAUGGGAGCUGCUUCGCAGGCACAAACGCAGCUGGGUAUGGAACCAAUUCUUUGUCCUGGAGGAGUACACAGGUGAAGAACCGCUGUAUGUUGGCAAGCUCCACUCGGACGUAGACAAAGGGGACGGAAAAGUGAAGUACGUGCUCUCCGGGGAGGGCUCCACCUCCAUCUUCACCAUCGACGAGAACACGGGGGACAUCCACGCCACUAAGCGUUUGGACCGGGAGGAGCAGGCCUAUUACACCCUGCAGGCCCAGGCCGUGGACCGGCUCACUAACAUCCCUGUGGAGCCCAGGUCAGAGUUUGUUGUCAAGGUCCAGGACAUCAAUGACAACGAGCCCAAGUUUCUGGAUGGACCCUACAUGGCCGGGGUACCAGAGAUGUCAGCACUGGGAACAACGGUGGUCCAAGUGGCGGCCACAGAUGCAGAUGACCCCACAUAUGGGAACAGUGCCAGGGUGGUCUACAGCAUCAUCAGCGGACAGCCUUACUUCUCAGUCGACCCAAAAACAGGCGUCGUCCGGACGGCACUGCCCAACAUGGACCGAGAGGUGAAGGACCAGUACGUGUUGGUCAUCCAGGCUAAAGACAUGGUGGGCCAGAUGGGCGGCCUCUCCGGCACUACCUCUGUCACGGUCACCCUCACUGACGUCAAUGACAACCCGCCACGCUUCUCUCGUAAGAACUAUCAGUACAUGGUGCUGGAGUCCUUGCCCGUGGCGUCCGUGGUGGCCAGGGUCAAGGCUCUGGACAAUGACAUAGGCCCCAAUGCAGAGAUGGAGUAUAGGAUCAUGGAGGACGGACCUGGGGUGUUCAACAUCACCACAGACGAGGACACGCAAGAGGGCGUCAUCAUCCUUCAAAAGCCUUUAGACUUUGAGACCAAGAACAGCUUUAACCUGCGAAUUGAAGCCACCAAUCGGAAUAUCGACCCUGCGUUUGUGCACCUGGGUUCGUUCAGCGACACCACGUCGGUCAAGGUGACGGUGGAGGACGUGAACGAGCCGCCUGUGUUCUCCACACAGCUUAGCAAGAUGGUGGUCUCCGAGGACGCCAGAGUGGGCCUCUCCAUCGGGAGGGUCUCCGCUCACGACCCUGACUCCUCCAACAGUGCCAUCAGGUACUCCAUAGACAGAAACACAGACCUGGAGCGUUUCUUCAACGUGGAUGCUCUGAGUGGGGUCAUAAGCACAGCCAAACCCCUGGAUCGAGAGGUCAACUCUGUCCACAACCUCACUAUCCUUGCUAUGGAAAGCCAUGAUCCAACCCAGGUUGGAAAAGGUUUUGCUGUCAUUACAGUGCUGGACAUCAAUGACAACCCUCCGGUAUUUGCCAUCGAGUAUGAGACCCUCUUGUGUGAGAAUGCCGCUCCUGGACAGGUCAUCCAAACUAUCAGCGCUGUGGACAAGGAUGAGCCUCCCAGUGGUCAUCGCUUUUACUUUGCCCUGCCUCCAUCUGUGGCCGGCAACUCCAACUUCACUCUCCGAGACAACAAAGACAACACGGCGUCCAUCGUAACGAAACGUGGAGGAUUCCGAAGACGGGAGCAGGUGCUGUACCGACUGCCCGUGUUGAUCGUAGACAGUGGAAGCCCCGCGCUCAGUAGCACCAACACCCUAUCAGUGAGCGUGUGUGACUGUGACUCGGACGGCGUAGCCCAAUCAUGUGGGGCGGUGGCGUACACACUUCCUGCUGGCCUCAGUACAGGGGCCCUUGUCGCUAUUCUGGGCUGCAUCAUUACACUCCUGGUGAUGGUGCUGCUGAUUGUGUCGAUGCGUCGGAGGAAGAAGGAGCCCUUGAUCCUGGAGGAGGAGAGGGACGUGAGGGAGAACAUCGUCCGCUACGACGAUGAAGGUGGAGGAGAGGAGGACACUGAGGCCUUCGACAUGGUGGCCCUCCGCAACCUCAACGUCAUCAGAGACCCCAAGGUCCGACGAGACGUCACCCCUGACACCCCCACCUUCUUCCCCUACCCGAGAUCCUCCUCCUCGGUUCCCGUCUACAAGACCCUGCCGGACAACGUGGUGUUCCGAGAGUUCAUUUGGGACCGUCUGAAGGACGCAGAUGUUGAUCCAUCAGCUCCGCCGUAUGACUCUUUGCAGACGUACGCCUUUGAGGGGAAUGGUUCUGUAGCUGAGUCGUUAAGCUCCCUGGAGUCACUAAGUACAGACUCAGAGCAGAACUACGACUAUCUCAGCAACUGGGGGCCACGCUUCAAAAAGCUAGCCGACCUGUACGGCGACGGCAAAAGCGUGUUCUCAUAGCCAACAUUUUCCCGAACUUAUACAAAAAUCAACAAUAGUAAUGUAUUGUAAUAAAAAAAUAUAAUUAACAACUAGUCUGCCAAAGUGCAGGGUGCGAGAGUCUGAGAACAAAAGUAAGAAACGAAAAAAUUCUUGACUUAAAAGGUUUGGUUUGUUUACUUGCCUUGGAUUUUGGAUUUUCAAAAAGGGUGACUUGGCAAGUUUUGACAUGUAACUUCAAAAGUGACUUGACUGAGAAGGAAACCUUGUGAGCAAAGACAUUAAAAGGUUUCAAAGUUGGGCUGGGGUCCAGCAAUCGACUGUGUACGUGGUAGGCUACAGUAUAUUUAUGUGGAGGCACCUGUUCUCUCAUUCCUGUGAUGGGCACAGACCCAGCAGUCUUGUUUUGAUGCAUUCCCUUGCUCUUUUUGUUAAAAAAAAAUACACUUUCUCCUAAAGUGCUCGGUCCCCGGCAGUAGAGUAGUCACUCAACUAUUCAUUUGAAAGUCGUCAAGAGUGUCAAUGUUUUGUUUUUGUUUGGUGUUUUUCAGAUUACGAUGGAAAAACUCUUAUUAAGUCACAGACUCGCGGAGAAAAAACAAACCAAGAGAAAUCAGUCAGUCAUAUCCUUCAGUGCUAUUUGUGACAAGUAGUCAAGUGUACAGAUCGGUUGAAGAGGAACCACUACUGUUAAAUUCUUGAGAGUUUUGAAAUCUGACCUCGUGUCUACAAGAAAUUGUGUGUACUGUGGUCUGAGAAAAGUAAUGCAACUGAUCUGUGUGUAUCCUUCGAUAGGUACAGGAAAGUGUUUUCUUUCUCCUCUUAACAUAACGUUUUACAGAUGUUACUAUGUGGUGUUUGCCUUUUGAGUCUAUUUUCCUUAGGCCUGACUCUUUCUAUUUGCCAAGUCCAAUUUUAUGUAAUACUGAUGUAAUAACAAUGAUGUAACAUUAUGGUUGAGAUGGAAAAUACAUAUCCGGAUUGAACCUUCAAAUAAAGUAUUUUCCAUUAUUUGCAAAGGAAUUUGGAAUUCACGGUCCAACAUUUACUCUUGCCCAAAGGAAUUCAGUUGACGUUGUGUUGGACCGUGGAAGAUACUUGCAACUUAGACUUGAAUAAAGUGAAGGCUUGUUUGAAUGGAUUUUUGUGCUGGGCUGAGAUGGGUCAAACACAUAGCUGCAGGAAGAUAUUUAGGGGUGCUGCGAUUUAUUUAUUUUUCGCAGAGGGGGGUGGGGGCAUAAUGUUUUUGUGCACGCUAUAGACGGCUAUAUCAGUCCAUUAAUACAGGACUAGUAAAGACCCAGUGCAUUCAUUACUUUUGUGAGAGACUUAAAAAAAUAAUAUUUGUAUUAAUAUAUUCUUUUUAGUCCGAUUUUUAUUUUUUAUUUUUUUAUGCUGCAGCACCCUCAGCAUCCUACUUCCAGCGGCUAUGGUUACAUAACAGCAACAACAACAAGUAUUUCCUGUUGCUCACAGUAACUGCAGUAAAUCAGCUUGUCCCAAAAUUAUUCUGCAGAAUGGUGCACAUUUUGUUCAUUGAUUAUAAAGGACACACUGUAUGGCGAGAAUACGGGGGGCAAAGGGAGCAUUUUCUUUCAAACAAAAUGCCUUUUGAACUGUUCCCAUUGGAAGUCAACAUGUUAAUCAAAAAAAGUAUUCUUAUUUAUUUUGAAGAAGCAGAAUUAUAUGAUGGUGGCAGAUGUUUUUAUCCUUUUUGCUGACAAUAAAAAGGACAUUCAGUUCCUCAAAAGACU